UAUAUAAUUAUUUGUUAUGAUAUAGUAUUUAAUUGUGAGUCGCAUUGUGUUGUGCCGCCGCGGUCAGAGAGAGAGAGAAGGGGGGGAAAAGCUGACAAAGGCCGACGAGCGACACACGCAGCCAGACCAAAGCACACGAGUGCAGAUGCAGGCGGACGCAUGAGCUCGUCUAGCGCCUGUGAGCGGGCUCUCUCUCCCCGGCCCGAGCCUGUCUUAUCUGCGCGGUGCCUUGUGGGUGUGUGAAGUAAAAUGGCGGACUUGGCAAACGAAGACAAGCCUGCCAUAACGCCCCCGGUGUUUGUUUUUCAAAAGGACAAAACUCAGAAGCGAUCUGCAGAGGGCUCAAGUGCAGAGGAUGGAGAAGAUUCCGAUAAGGACGAAACAAACUAUUUCCCUCCAGUCAAAAGGGAGAGGACUUCAUCAUUCCCACCUUUACAUUCUGCUCCCAAGAACAAUAUAUUCAUGCCCCCAAGUUUCUGCCAGUCUCCCACUGGGAACUCUGACUCUGAGCCAGAGGAGAAGCCUGUCGGGUUCCGCCUAAAGCCGCCGACUCUCAUACACGGACAGGCGCCCAGUUCAGGCGUCCCGAGUCAGAAACCAAAAGAGCAGCAACGCAGCGUUCUCCGCCCUGCAGUUCUUCAAGCACCACCCUCAAAAUCACACAUAGAGUCUAACUCCACUUGUGGAACUAAUGGCGUGAAGCAGCAGUUGUCGGACGGCCCUCCAUCCACCCAGUCCCUGUUCCUUAACAACACAGAGCACUCAGCCACCCCGACCAAGUCACUGCAACAUGAAAACGAGGAAGAUGAUCCAAGCGGUAAAGAUGAAGGAGACAGCGAGAAGGAGGGAGAUGUAGCAAGUUCUUUUGUGUUUGGUCAAAACAUCAAAGACAGAGCUAAGCUGGACCAGAACAGUACAGAAGAGAAGUCAAAGGACAAUGUUCCACUGGACUUGGAAGGCACAAAUUAUUUCCUACAGUACAUCUCUACACCAAGAAUGCAGUUUGUGCGGACAAGAAACAUGAAGAGAACUUUGAGAGGGGAAAAAAGUUGUUUGUUACACUCAAAAAACAUACUGAAACAACCGAAAGCCAUGGCCCAAAACCCAAGUUCAAAAAAUGCCACAAACAGUACAGACAGCGGGGCGAAAUUUGUUUUUGGGCAGAACAUGUCUGAACGCGUUUUGAGUCCUCCCAAGGGCGAGACCUCCAGCGAAGACAGUAAAGACAUAUUAGCCGCCCCCGCUUCAGAAACCCCUUCGCAAGAGAGCGCCCCAGAGAAGGUAAACAGCGUGUUGGAGUCUUUGGAGGAGUCUGCAGCAGCCUACACCAAAGCCACAGCCAAGAAGUGCGUCUUAGAAGAAGUGGAAGUAAAAACCGGAGAAGAAUCGGAAAGCAACGUUUUACAGAUGCAAUGUAAGCUGUACGUCUUUGAGAAGACUGCUCAGUCGUGGAUAGAGAGAGGUCGGGGUCUGCUAAGGCUCAACGACAUGGCGUCGACGGAAGACGGCAUGCUACAGUCGCGUCUAGUGAUGAGAACGCAGGGCAGCCUCCGGUUGAUCCUCAACACUAAGCUAUGGCCACAGAUGCAGGUGGACAAGGCCAGCGACAAAAGCGUACGGAUCACUGCCAUGGACACAGAGGACCAGGGGGUCAAGGUCUUUCUAAUAGUGGGGAGCUCUAAAGACAUUGGUCAGCUGGCGGCAGCAUUGCAUUACCGGAUUGUGGCCCUCAAGAGCCGGGCGGACCAGGAGCCCGAACCCCCCACUACAACCAUCCCCGAGGCCGAAGUGCCGCAGUCCAACGAGGAGGACAGCGACGAGGAGAACGCCUCCGCUUCGGCAGCUGCAUCAACCGUUGCUGCAACAAACUCAGAAGGAGGAGAGAACCAGGCUGCGGGAAGCACAUAGCGCCACCCUGUGGGACAGCCUGCACAGAUGCUGCUUUGGAGGCAUUUUUUUGCCGCAGUCAUCUCUACGGACAUCCCUUGACCAAUGUGGUCUCUCAGACCAGUACUUUUGGAUAUUAGAAGUCUAGCUCCAGGAAAUAACAUCUCCCCUCUCCAACCACCGCACCCCCCGCCCCCAAGUGUCGGAGUGUUGUCACCCCCUCCCAACCUGUGCAGUUCAUCUUUGCUGCCAUCUGCGUCAUCGUUGGAGUCGUUUGCUCCACUCCUCCUUGUUUGGUGGUUUUUCCUUUGACGUUUUCCCGUUUUUUCCCCCCAAAUAGCAAAAAUAAAGACUUCAAAGCUUUGGUUUGGGACUUUCUGCUCAUCAUAUUGAUGAGCAUAAGGCUGUUUUCCUCUACAUUUUAAAGUACGACACAUGUUAAGACUGCAGUUUCUACUUUGGGACCUUUCUACUCACUGUACAGCCGCUCCUCUGGAGGCCACACAUCAAAAAGGGGCUUCAUCACGUGUUGUAUUUGACCAGUCAUCGUCCGCUGUUCCCAGCAUCGAUUCCGACCCUAACUGCCCACCCCUCAUGCCCUAAACAUCCCAACUCGGUUGGUGCGUUAGGUUUUGGCAACUGUAAUUUAUUUUUUUUAGCCAUCAUCUGGCAUCGCGACAUAUUUGUGCUAUUUGUAACGGCUAGAAGAGACCGCUCAACUUGUCAUUAAUAGCAGUUUCUUUCAUUUCAUAUUAAUCUAUAUUCUAGUGAAUAAAGGACUGAAACAAUGCACAUUCUGUUAAUGUGAGUCAAUGUGACAACUUUUAGGAAGUUUCAGAUGACCCGCACAGUUUUUUCUUUUUUCUUUUUGUGCUUUCAACUUGUCAGUCUUCAUCUUGCAUGUAAACAUUUUUAUUUCGUUGAACAUCCCAGGGCUUUGAUUUUUUUUUUUGUCGUACUGUUUGAAAACACAUUUUUAUUUACAUUUGGAAAAUAUGUUGCAUUGACAUUGUGUGUGUGGAAACAUUGGAGUGAUGACUGUUAAUACCCUUUUGAAAGUCAUGUACAUUUUUGAAUAUAUCAUUUAGUGGCGCACCAUUGCCCCCUUCCCUCACGCCCUCCUCUUCCAGCGUUCCCCCUCACACCCUUCUCUCUCCUUUACAAAAUAAACCUCUGCCAUAAA